AACUCAAGGGCAGGAUGAGACAAGGGACAGCAACACAGUGGCCGGUUUACCUGCCUUCCUGUGGUAGCUGGGGGUGCUCAGGCUGGGGGAGCAGAAGGGCUCCUCCGCCUUGGGCUGCAUGCUGGGAAGGCGGGUGGGGGGAGGCUUAGGAAAGUAGGAGAAACUUGGAUUGGGCCACCGGCCCCAGCUCCUUCUCCCCAUGCCUGCUUCCUCUUCCUUUGUGACGCCGCGUGGGGAAAACGAGGAGCAGGGGGUCCGAGACCACAUGUCGCCUAGGCUGGUCUUCAACUUCCCACCCUCUUCCCUCAGUCUCCUGAAUGCUGGGAUGACAGACCUGAGCCAUCAGCAGCAAGCCAUCUUUUACUAGGAUGUUGUACUCACUGAGUGCCAUUGGUUGAAUGACAAUAAUAAGGGAAGAUUGGGACCUCCCCAGCCUCCUCUUUGAGCUACUGCUGCAGAUGUGUAGAAUCCGAACUCAUUUCAAGAGAUUUUACCUCUACCGGCCUCUAUUGUUCUGUGAAAUGGGAAUAACAUAAUUGCACCCAUCUCCGUGCCACGGAAGAGAAAUAAGGACACGCUUUCAAAUCUCUUUGCACAUCGUCAUUUAUCUUACUUGGGGACCGGUCCGCAGCCGUUUGUCCAACCCUGCAAUCCCCAUGGGCUACCGCCCCCCGCCGCCUUGGCUGCCACCCCGGACAAGGCAGGGAUAAGCGAGGUAUCCCCACCUGUUCCCUUCCCUAUAUAUGUCAUUGCCCACUCCUCCCAAGUGCAGGACCACGUGGCCACCAUGUCUGGAGACUACGAGGAUGAUCUCUGUCGGCGGGCUCUUAUUCUGGUCUCCGACCUCUGUGCGCGGGUCCGAGAUGCCGAUACCAACGACAGGUGCCAGGAGUUCAAUGAACUGCGAAUCCGAGGCUACCCCCGGGGUCCAGACGCAGACAUUUCCGUGAGCCUGCUGUCGGUCAUCGUGACGUUCUGUGGCAUUGUCCUCUUGGGUGUCUCUCUCUUCGUGUCCUGGAAGUUGUGCUGGGUGCCCUGGAGGGACAAAGGAGGCUCAGCAGUGGGCGGCGGCCCUCUGCGCAAAGACCUAGCUCCUGGGGUUGGGCUGGCAGGCCUGGUAGGUGGUGGUGGGCACCACCUAGGGGCUGGCCUGGGUGGCCAUCCUCUGCUAGGGGGUCCCCACCACCAUGUGCACACAGCUCACCAUCCACCCUUCGCGGAGCUGCUGGAGCCGGGCAGCCUGGGGGGCUCAGAGCCACCGGAACCUUCGUACUUGGACAUGGACUCAUAUCCAGAGGCUGCAGCAGCUGCUGUCGUAGUGGCUGGGGUCAAACCAAGCCAGACAUCCCCUGAGCUUCCAUCUGAGGGUGGAGCAGGCUCUGGCCUGCUCCUUCUGCCGCCCAGUAGUGGGGGCUUACCCAGUGCCCAGUCUCAUCAGCAGGUCACAAGCCUAGCACCCGCUACCAGGUACCCAGCCCUGCCCCGGCCCCUCACGCAGCAGACUCUGACCACCCAAGCCGACCCCAGCAGUGAGGAGCGGCCACCUGCCCUGCCAUUACCUCUGCCGGGUGGUGAGGAGAAGGCCAAGCUCAUUGGGCAGAUCAAGCCGGAGCUGUACCAGGGCACUGGGCCUGGAGGCCGGCGAGGUGGAGGAGGCUCUGGGGACGCAGGGGCACCAUGUGGCCGAAUCAGCUUUGCCCUGCGGUACCUCUAUGGCUCGGACCAGCUCGUGGUACGGAUCCUACAAGCCCUGGACCUCCCAGCCAAGGACUCUAAUGGCUUCUCAGACCCCUAUGUAAAGAUCUACCUGCUGCCGGACCGUAAGAAGAAGUUCCAGACCAAGGUGCACAGGAAGACCCUGAACCCCGUCUUCAAUGAGACGUUCCAGUUCCCAGUGCCCCUGGCUGAGCUGGCCCAGCGCAAGCUGCACUUCAGUGUCUAUGACUUCGACCGCUUCUCGCGGCACGACCUCAUUGGCCAGGUGGUUCUGGACAACCUGCUGGAGCUGGCCGAGCAGCCCCCUGACCGCCCACUGUGGAGGGACAUCGUGGAGGGUGGCUCGGAAAAGGCAGAUCUUGGGGAGCUCAAUUUCUCACUGUGCUACCUCCCCACGGCUGGGCGCCUCACCGUGACCAUCAUCAAAGCCUCUAACCUCAAAGCGAUGGACCUCACAGGCUUCUCAGACCCCUACGUGAAGGCCUCUCUCAUUAGUGAGGGGCGGCGUCUGAAGAAGCGGAAAACCUCCAUCAAAAAGAACACGCUGAACCCCACGUACAACGAGGCCCUGGUGUUCGACGUGGCCCCUGAGAGUGUGGAGAAUGUGGGGCUCAGCAUCGCAGUGGUGGACUACGAUUGCAUUGGGCACAAUGAAGUGAUUGGCGUGUGCCGAGUUGGCCCCGAGGCUGCGGACCCGCAUGGCCGGGAACACUGGGCUGAGAUGCUUGCUAACCCGCGCAAGCCUGUGGAGCACUGGCACCAGUUAGUGGAGGAGAAGACUCUGACCAGCUUUAGAAAAGACAGCAAAGGACUCUCAGAGAAAGAGAAUUCAGAGUGAGGGUCUGGCCUAAGCCCGGGAUCCAGCCAGGCACCCUCAGGACCCCAUCCCCUCUUGCCCGGACCGUGAACUCAUCUCCUCGAAGCCAUAACGUCCGAGCUGCUGGCCCAGGACAGCCUGGGCCUGCCCCUCACUCUCCAGAGGCGUGAGGCUGGGAGGAUGGUGGGCCCAGCUCCCUGUUUCAGGGUGGGGGCUUUUGCCCCCAUUGUCUGUCUUUUUUCCCUUGGGCCCCCCCUUGAGGCAAGGGGCCAUGCAUGUCUGGGGGACCCCUGUCCCCAACCCUCUGUCUGUCUGUUCUCUUCGCUGUUGUCUGGAGUCUUGUCCUGCCCUGUGUUCUCACCAUGAAUGUCCAGUGUCCCUCCUCCCUGAGGCACACCCACUGGGGUCUGCCCUCUCUGUUCACCCAUCUGCGUCUGGCCAAUCCCCCGCUCUGCUGCUGCUGUCUUUGCCAGAAUAAACACAGCCGUGGGUCUCACUC